GAUAAUUAGAUUCCCCCCACCACCACUCAACUCAGCCUUCUUCCAUCCACUCUUUUCUUUCAUGAGGGAAGGCUCAAACAAAUAUAGAAUUACUAUCUUCUCCAUUAUUUUUCUUCUUAUAGACAUUAGCUUUGCUUAAUCAAAAUUCCCUUUUUGAUUUCCAUUCACAAAGUUCCGUUUUAGAUAAAUAAGUGAAGACAAAAACUUCAGAAUAGAAACAACCAUUCAACUAUAAGAACAGAGAAUAUAUUCCCCAUGGCUCUGUUCUCCGGUCAUCAGCAUUCUAUUAUCACCUUCUUCAGCAUCAUUCUCCUUGUGUUUCUUGAAGGUGUUACGGCAGCUACCUUUACAUUCAUCAACAAAUGCGAUUACACAGUAUGGCCUGGAAUUCUAGCUAAUCCAGGAAGUCCCAAACUUGAAAGUACAGGCUUUGAACUCACAAAAGGCAGCUCUCGUUCUUUCCAAGCUCCUACAGGUUGGGCAGGUCGCUUCUGGGGCAGAACAGGAUGCAAUUUCGAUGACUCUGGCCACGGCUCAUGCGCUACAGGCGACUGUGGCUCUGGCGAAAUGGAAUGCAACGGAGCUGGAGCCAUCCCACCGGCCACCUUAGCCGAGUUUACACUCGGUUCAGGAUCUCAAGACUUCUAUGACGUGAGCCUGGUUGAUGGUUACAAUUUGCCCAUGAUUGUGGAAGGAAGUGGAGGGUCAGGAGAGUGUGCCACCACCGGUUGCUUGACGGAUUUGAACAAAAAGUGCCCGUCUGAACUGAAAAUUGAUGGCGGUGCCGCAUGCAAGAGUGCCUGCGAUGCCUUCGGCAAACCAGAGUACUGCUGUAGCGGAGCCUACAAUAGUCCAACCGCAUGUAAACCAUCCAUGUUUUCGCAAGUGUUCAAGUCGGCUUGCCCCAAAUCCUAUAGCUAUGCCUUCGAUGAUGCCACUAGCACUUUCACUUGCAGUGGGGCUGAUUAUGCAAUUACUUUCUGUCCCAAUGUUCCAAGUUUGAAAUCUUCAAAGGAUCCUGCUGCUGCAAAGGCAACAGGGUCGGACCCGGAUUCGGAUCCCAUGCAGGCAUCUGCACUGGCAAGUCAAUGGCUAGCAAAUUUGGCCACCGGAGACUCCACCGAAAUCCGACCGUUUUCCCUUAUCCGAUUCGGUUUUGCCAUCACUAUUUUUCUUGUACUCUCGUUUUUAUUGUAGUAUUUAAAUUUCCCAAUUCAAGUUCCAACAACAACAACAAAGAAAAAGUAGGACAAAAUUCCAGAUUGUAAAAUUUAGGUCAUCUUAAUGUUAAAUACACACAUUAAUAUGCAAAUCAUUUUGAUUCAGAAAUGGAAUACAUAUGUAUUCUUUUUUGGGCA